GCUUUGGGUCUCGAGGCUUUCCGAACAGGAAUGGAAUACUGUUAUUCCUGCCAGUGAACGUACGUUCCGUUAUCUCGUGUUUUUGUUCCCGUGUUUACCAAAGUGGAAAAGUUCUAAGACGGACCGCUUUUAUGGUUCCUUUCCGUAAUUUUUAAGUUUGAAAGUUGACUUUGCGUCGAAACAAGAUAACAGGUAAAGCGAUGGAAGACGAUAGCGAGCAGUUUUCUCUGCGAUGGAACAACUUCCACAGCAACUUGUCCUCCGGGUUCCAAGAACUGUUCGAGGACAAAAACCUUGUGGAUGUCACCUUGGCUUGCGAGGGCCAGUACAUCCAAGCGCACAGAGCGGUGCUCACAGUGUGUUCGCCUUAUUUCAAGGCCCUUUUUAAAGUAAACCCAAACAACCACCCCAUCAUCAUUUUAAAAGAUGUCAGCUUCACAGACCUAAAGUCCAUUCUACUGUUCAUGUACCGAGGGGAGGUCAAUGUCAAACAGGACGACCUGAACACAUUCCUCAAGACUGCGGAGGUUUUAAAAGUCAAAGGGCUUACUGGUGAUGACACCAAGGAAAGUUCACGGAACGUGAGCCAAUUGUUCCAAGAGUCGCAGGCGCCUCAAGUCAAAAGGAGAAAACUGACGGAGCCAGCCAAGCUGUCCCCGCCGCCCCCAGUGCCAGUGCCGCAGCCACGGGAUCUUGGUGUUGCAGAGCCGCACCAGAAGAUCCAAUUCAUCACAAUCAAGAACCAGAAGGAGGAACCGGAAGAGUUCAUUGACGACGAAGACAACGACAACGAGCACGAUUUUUCCGCCCACGAAGAAAGCCUGGAUUUGGAAUCACAAAUAUGUCUGGACUCGAGUGGCCAGUUGGCAGUUGGACAGAGAGGCCACAUGGAUGCGGAGGGCAGCAGUUCGCACAGCUCAUUUCAAGGAAUCAGAUCUGCAGACGGCACAGCUUUUAUUAACGGCGAAAAGUCUUUCAUUUGCGGCAUCUGCAACAAGGCCUUUGUGACCAACACGCGACUCUCGGACCAUGUAAAAUAUGUGCACUUGCAAAAUGAACCCAUGAUCUGUGAAUACUGCAACAAGACUUACAAGCACUACAACAGUUUGAGAAAACACAUUUGGCACGCUCAUCGAGACCGCAAGCAGGUCGAAGGCUCGCCUGACCCGAAAUUCGUCAGCUUCUGAUUCAGUUUGACUCGGAAAAGGUUUUUUAUAUUCUGAACAGAGAAAAAUGUGACUGUUUUGUUUCAUUAAGUGAACCUAAAAGUUCCCGUAUUUUGCUAAGAUUUUUGAUAUUCUGCAAGCAGAAUUAAUUGUAUGAUGGAAAAAUUGAAAUUCGUGCAUCUUGAAAAUAAUGGAGUUCCCCCAAGUGAAUCAUGGACUUAAGUGUUCAGUUGCUAAUUAAAUUUCGAUUAGGAAAACACAGUCUGUGUACCCAAUUUGUAUUUUUAAUUAAAAUAUUUUGGAUGCUUGAGCAUUGA